AUGGCAAGAAGAUACGAUCAAAGAACAACUAUUUUCUCACCAGAGGGUAGAAUCUAUCAAGUAGAGUAUGCAAUGACAGCGAUCAGACAUGCAGGUGCCACAGUCGGUAUCUUGGCACAAGACGGUAUAGUAUUGGCAGCAGAGAAGAAGACUGUCGCUAAACUAUUGGACUCAUCGCUUUCACAGUCGGAAAAGAUGUUCAAGAUUGACGACCAUGUCGUAUGUGCAGUGGCUGGUAUCACUUCGGACGCCAACAUUCUCAUCAACUAUGCAAGACUAAGUUCACAGCGUUACUACUACAACUAUCAGGAGCCAAUGCCUGUAGAGCAACUGGUAUCACAGAUCUGCGACACCAAACAAGGUUACACACAGUACGGUGGUCUUCGUCCAUUCGGAGUAUCUUUCCUCUACGCCGGUUGGGACAUCCAUCACGGUUUCCAACUCUACCAAUCCGAUCCAUCCGGUAAUUUCGCUGGUUGGAAAGCUACUUCCAUCGGUGGUGAGAACAGUCAAGUUGCGCAAUCAGUGUUGAGAUCAAACUAUAAACCAGAUCUCUCAUUGAAGGAAGCUUUAGAGUUGGCUUUGAAGGUUUUGACAAAGACUAUGGAUAGAUCGAAUAUCAACUCUGACAAGUUGGAGUUUUCAUAUAUCACUAGAAAGGACGACAAGUUGGUGUACCAUAUUUUCGAUGCUAAAGAAUUGGAUCAAUUCAUUAAAGAGACCGAUCUCGAACCAGAGACUGAUGAUUCAUAA